AUGGGUUGCAAUCAAUCAACUGCUAAAGAUAAGCAAGAGGACAGACAAAGAACUCAACCAGCCAACAACGCUGGACAAUCAACACAAACACAAACAGCAUCGAAACAAAUUGGUGUGCCAAAUCAAGAGAAUGAAAAGGAACCAGACGUAUCCUACUCUCAAAUGAGAGAGAUGGACAAUGACUUUUUCAAGGACAUUAUCGAUAGAACCGCACAGAAAUUCAUUGAUGUAUCCACCGUUGGUCCAGACGCUAAAGAUUCAUUCCCCUACCAAGAAAAAGAUUAUAGUUCACAAAUUAAAGAGACAACCAUCAACAAAUCAAAUAUAUUAUACUCAUUGCCACAUUUAUCACAAAGCUGUCAGCCAUCCAAUUUACAUAAUCUUUUAUCUCAGCCUGUACCAUUUGAUACUGAUUUGAUGUCACGUUGUUCAUCGAGUAUAUCAUCUGCUGUCAACAAUAUCAAUAUCAAGGAUUGUGGAGAAUUGGUUUCACAACAACAACAACAACAACAACAAUCAUAUCAAUUUUAA